CAAGCAUCACUCAACCUCACUACAUCGUCGAGUUAAGUCUGCCCCUAUAGCCAUUAUGAAGAUCGGUCACCUCGUCACCCUCGCCCUCGCCCUGGGUCUGCUGGAUCAGGUCACCUCCACCUUAAUCGUCGGCACCGUUGGCGCGGGCGUGGCUGCGGGCGCUGCUGUCCUAGCUACGGGCGUGGCUGCUCUCGGCGCCGUGGUCCUGGGAGCUGCCGUGCUGGGAGCCAAGCGUCGCGGGAAACGUGAAGCGACGCAGUGUCUCCCCUUCGCUGACGCCGACCUCUACCUCUCCAUGGCUAUCAACAGCGACUCCCAGGGAUGUACACAGAGGUUCAUGUGUGAGAUUUCCUCCCCUGAUAUCUCUGACCUGACGAAGGAGGAGCAGUUCAUCAAGGACGUCUUCGCCUCUAACCUCAACACCGAAGAGAACACCCCCAAGGCUUUGUUCGCCCGCGCCGCCGCUCUUGGUGCCAAGGGUGGCGCUCUGGUGUGCGCUGAGGAGUUCCACAAGUGUCCCUUCGACAGGAAGAUCCUCAUGCAGGCGUUCUUGAAGGCUCAGACACAGUAAGGCAUCCCUUCUUCAGGGCUCAAAGGACGUCUUCAAGGCCACGUAGGAGAGGAAAGAAGAGGAGGAGGAGGAAGAGGAGGAGGAGGAGAAGGGCUCAGGCCUACUUAAGACAGGAUCUCACUUGGGCUCUAGACCUUGUGUUGUGGAGCUCAGGUGAAGUAGUGAGUUUUGGGUGACGUCCUGUGUAUGUAUGUAUGUAUGUGUAUGUUAGAUCUACGUACAUCUUUUGUCAGGGUUUGUAAACUGUGUGCAAGUCUGUAAAAUUCAUAUCAUCCUUUUAUAAGUUUGUGUAAGUGUGCAAGUGUGUGUUUGUGAAGUGUAAAUCGUCGGUGUAAGAUUGUGUAUCUUGUGAAACGUGUUGUGUAAAUUUGUGCAAGUGUUAUGUAAAAAUUUUGUAAAUCCCUCUAUUCUGUAAAACGACAAUGAUUUUUUUUUUUACACAACACAGGAAAUAAAUCAAUUCAAUGUAUUCUUAAACUAAUUCUUGUAGUAAGUGAUGAGAAUAAAUCUUUCCUUUGCA